AUGGCUGUUGCAGAGAGGCAGCACUUAGCCCACGAGAAGGAAGGCAGCAACAACCAACAUCAGAACUCAGUUGUCCCAGAAGCUGGCAGCAGUCAUCAGCUCUCAGCCUGGAGAACAGAGAAGAUGGUGGUCCUCCGUGUAGCUCUGGGGCUCUUGAUGGUGGUGAUCUGCCCUGCUGUCAUCUCCCAACAAGAUGGCACACCGGGAAGUAACACCAAACUUCAAGUAGACCAAAUCAAUGGGACGCGAGUGGACAGUCUAACACUGGCCUCCAUUAAUACUGACUUCGCAUUCAGCCUCUACAAGGAGCUGGCUUUGAAGAAUCCAAAUAAAAACAUCGUCUUCUCCCCACUCAGCAUCUCAGCUGCCUUGGCCGUCCUGUCCCUGGGAGCAAACAACAACACCCUGCAAGAGAUUCUAGAAGGUCUCAAGUUCAAUCUCACAGAGACCCCUGAGGCAGACAUCCACCGGGGAUUUGGGCAGCUCCUCCUCAUGCUCAGCCAGCCAGGGGACCAAGUGCAAAUCAGCACAGGCAAUGCCAUGUUUGUUGAAAAGCGCCUGCAGAUACUGGCAGAGUUCAAGGAGAAGACAAGGACACUGUACGAAGCCGAGACCUCUGCGACUGACUUCCAGCAGCCUCAUGAGGCCGAAAAGCUCAUCAAUGACUAUGUGAACAAACAGACCCAGGGGAAGAUCAAGGACCUGAUCUCAGGCCUGGAUAAGGACACAGUAAUGGUGCUGGUAAACUACAUCUACUUUAAAGGAAAAUGGAAGACUCCCUUUGACCCUGAUGAUACUUCCGAGUCCAAAUUCUACUUGAACAACAGGAAGUCUGUGAAGGUGCCCAUGAUGAGCAUUGAGGACCUGACCACACCCUACUUCCGGGAUGAGGAGCUGUCCUGCACUGUGGUGGAGCUGAAGUACACAGGCAAUGCCAGCGCCCUGUUCAUCCUCCCUGACAAGGGCAAAAUGCAGCAGGUGGAAGCCAACCUGCAGCCAGAGACCCUGAGGAAGUGGAGGGACUCUCUGAGUACCAGGAGGAUUGAUGAGUUCUACAUGCCCAAGUUCUCCAUCUCCACAGACUACAGCUUGGAGAAAAUCCUUCCACAGCUGGGCAUCAAGGAAGUCUUCUCCACACAGGCUGACCUGUCUGGGAUCACAGGGGCCAAGGACCUGAGCGUCUCUCAGGUGGUCCACAAGGCUGUGCUGGACGUGGCUGAGACAGGCACAGAAGCAGCGGCUGCCACAGGAGCAAAAAUCGUAUUUCUUUCUGCAAGAAUUAACCCGUUUAUUUUGAGUUUAGACAGGCCAUUCCUGAUGAUUAUCCUUGACACAAAUACUCAAGUUGCCCUCUUUUUGGCAAAGAUCAUGAAUCCCAAGUGAGACUAGAACUUCCCAAGUGGUAAGGCUUCCUCCUGGGAGCCAGGGAUUAAGUCUGUAUGUGGGUCUCUAUGUGCAUUUUUUUUGUCCUCCAUGCUCUGAUUGGCUGAGGCGUGACUGGACUGGACAGUGGCAGUGACGAACUGUAUGACUGUAUGCACAGGGUCCUGUGGACAGUCAGUGUCAGGUUCCCGUCCUCUUGGCUGCACUAGCUCAUGCUCCGGAGCCUGAACUCUGACUCCGUGGCCCCUCCCUGCUGCCUCUCCUCUAUGUGCCUCUGCCCAAAGCUCGGUCCCUGGCAGGUAGACUCAGUUCCUAUCUAGGCUCUAGUUAUGUCUGCCUUCAUGUUCCUCAGCCUUCAUGGGACUAUGCACACUUAGAGGUCAACCAUGUUGACCUCAGGCCCUGGACUGAGAACAGAACCUGCUGCCCUGAGUCUAUUUCCAGUAUCUGGGAACACUUGGUACCAAGUCCAACUUCACAUUUAUCUUCUUCCAGGCUCUGCCACCCACUGUCCCAUAAGGGGCUCCUGGCCCUGCCCACAUCUGGCACUGUGUUACAGCACCCAUUCCCGCAGCUGCAUGGGGUCAGUUGGGCAGCUCAGCUCCUUUCCCCCUAGUGCACCUACUUAGGGCAGAGGAGCCAUUUUCUAGGCUCCCCACUGACCAACCUCACCCUGCAGAUGGACACCACCUCCUUCUUUACCCAAAAUGCAGCACUUGGAGCAAAUGACCAAUAAACAUAUAUCUGCACUGAGAAUAGUCAGGCAGUGUUCACUUAGCUCCUGUAGGCAGGGGUUUGGCCUCCAGUGGCAACAGGGUAGGAGAGAUUGUCACUCACAUUGUGUGACUCAUGUAAUGAACCUCUGACCUGCAUGUUUACUGCACCUCAAAGGGCUUGUGGUAAAGGCCUAGGACAAGGCCAAAUGCCCCCUUUAACAAAUCAGAUUUGUACAAAGCUAAAAGUUAUAGGAACACCCUUUCACCCAGCAGCAGAUCCAUUCAUUCUCAACACACUGCACAUGUGUAUGUAUGUACAUAUGCGUUCAUAUAUGCUUAUAUGUCUAUGUACAGAGAGAGAA